AUGGCGGUUUCUUCUCGGCAUAAUGAGAGUGAGGUUGCUCCGCCCAAGGAGCAGCAGCAUCCAGUGAGAUGGCACAAGUCAACAUUUUACAACAUCACGAUUCUGGGCCUGUGCAACUUUGCGGCGCCUGGAAUUUGGGGAGCCAUGAACUCCCUGGGUGCUGGCGGUGCAGCAUCGCCACGACUGAUUAACGCUGCCAAUGCCUUGACAUUCUGUCUCAUGGUUGUUUCUUGCUACUUCGGUAGUGCACUCGUCCGAUAUAUCGGCAUCAAGGGGGCCCUGAUCUUUGGAACCCUUGGAUACGCCCCGUUUGCUGCGGGUCUCUACACAAACAACAGAUUCGGAACUGAAUGGCUCACCCUUCUCGGCGCAGCCCUGUGUGGCAUUUCCGCCGGUGUCUUCUGGAUGGCAGAGGCUGCCAUUGCAAUUGCGUACCCAGAGCCAUGGAACCGCGGAAAGGCACUUGGCUACUGGCUCACAUAUCGACUGGGAGGUCAGGUCCUGGGAGGUGCCAUCAACCUUGGCCUGAAUGCAGACCGGAGCGAGGCGGGUAAAGUCUCGUACACUGUCUUCCUCAUCUUCAUUGCCAUCCAGGCUACUGGCCCUCUUGUCGCCUUGUUCCUCAACAAGCCCGAGGAAGUCGAGCGCAAGGAUGGAAAGAAGGUCGAGCUGAACAUUCUCAACAACCCCUGGGUCGAAAUUAGGCACACUACGAGACUGUUCUUCACCAAGAAGUUUCUGCUUGUUGUGCUGUUCAUCGGACAGGCUGUGUUUGCCGAAGCCGUCUUCUUCACUUAUCUAAGUGCUUGGUUCUCCGUGCGAUCUCGAGCCUUGGGAUCAUUCGUCGCUGGUAUCAUUGCUGUCACUGCAGGAAACCUCCUCGGGCUCUGGCUUGAUCGAACUGGUGUCCCCCUUAAGACGAGGACCCGAACUUCUUUCUGGUUUAUCGUUACCCUUCAGGGAGGAUGGUGGACUUGGGCCACUGUCCUAGUUACCAGGUUCCACCACACCAGACCUACCUACGACUGGUCCAGCCCCGGCUUUGGUGUCGCCUUCGCCAUCUUCAUCUUGCUCACCAUUGGCUUCCAGAUGAACUACCUGUUCCUCUACUUCAUUAUUCACAACUUUGCCGAUACCCAGGACGAGAUCAUCCGCUACUCGGCUCUGCUCCGUGGAACAGAGUCCGCUUGGCAAGCUGUUAGCUACGGCUUGACCUCUCUGCCUCUCUUUGCCGAAACUGGUGGAGUUUAUUUCAACUUCCUUCUGUGGGGCAUUGCGAUUUUCCCUGCUUGGCUUGUGUUGAGACACUUUGGAACUUCCAAGGCCAUUGGGGAUGAGGGGGCUACCUCAGACUCGGCCGGUAGUCAACUGGACGUCUCGAACUCCGUUGAGCGUUCGGAGCAGGUAACAAAAUCUUAG